GAGACGCACCUGUGCAGCUGGGGGAGGAGUCUGCAAACAUUUCUCAACAAACUGCGCUCAAGGAAUUCUCAUCUGUUGAGAUGCAAUGGAGUAACAUGACUUCACCUAAAUCAUCAUGUAAAGUAAAGCAGUGACUAUCAAAGCUUGGAGAACUCUAUUUCCUUUGGCUUUGUCGAUAUGCAGACGCUUUUUGAUCUGAUUGUUCUUCUUUUCUGUGUUACAGGUUAUGUGUGCGAUCUGAGCAUCUCCCCGACGCGGCCCGUGUCUGUUGAUGCUCUGGUUGGCAGCGAUGUGACCCUCGCUGUAUCUCACAGUGGAGCAUCUCAGCCGGUGGUCACGUGGUUUAUGGAAGGUGUUCCUGUUGUAAUAUGGACCGUUAGUGACUACACGUCUCCAGAUGUUGCUUCGGAUCACUCCAGCGUUUUGCACGUGGACCAGAACGGAUCUCUCACGUUCCGAAACGUGUCACUUCGUUAUAAUGGAACAUACACUGUAGAAAUGACUAAAAUAGGAGAGACGAGAGUUAGCGCCACAUUUGAUCUCUUGGUCUAUGAUAUCAUCAAGAACGUGUCCCUGCACACUGUUCCGGUUGAGGCCGUUGAAGGUGCACGUGUGUUCGCGUUUCAUUACAGCACAAUGCAAGGUGACGCCAGAGAGGUGCGGUGGUUCUUUAAUGGAGUCCGGCUGGACAAUGGACCUCAUUAUUCCAUCAAUGGAAAAAACCUCACGAUAAACCAGCCCAGCAGAAACGACACGGGACGAUACGCUGUCGUCCUUACAAACCCGUUCAGCUCUGGGACACAUUACAGAAAUAUUACAGUUCUGUAUGGACCAGAUAUGCCGGUUCUCAUGGUCAGUCCCACAAAAGCAGUCUUUGUUUCUGGAGAUUCUCUGUUCCUGUCCUGUGCUGCCGAGGGUCUGCCGGCCCCCUCUGUCACGUGGAUGUUCAGCGGCCGCUCCAUUCCAGCAUCAUCAGGAGGGACCGUCAAUCUCACAGACGUUACAACAAGCCAAAGUGGCGUAUACACCUGCGUGCUGAUCAACCCGAAGACCGAUGCACAGAUGAAGAGAAACAUCACCAUACAUGUCUAUGAAAUUCCCAGCGGUGAGCCAUUGUGCUCCGUUCAGGCCACGAAUGAAAACCUGGGCCUGCAGUUCCUCUGUGUGUGGCCAGGGGGCGUCCCAGAAGCACGUUUGUCUUUCCCAGACUUGAGCGUCAAUGACAGCGGGGAGGGAAACUUCAGUAUAACUCCAAAUGACAUUCCGAGUUUAAAUGGAGAGGAAAUCAUUUGUAAAGCAGACCAUCCUCUCAUUCAGACACAGUGCAGCAUCAUUCCCCGUGGUCCUGUAGAUUUCCUACCUGUUAUUUUCACCACCAUCAGCCAGGAUGAGCAGACGACCGUUGCGGUCCACUGCACUACCGAGGCGUCGCCCGAAGCCGUCGUACACUGGUUCAAAGAUGGGCACGGACUGGAAGAUGCACGCAAAUAUCAGAUCAGUACGAACACGUCUCAACUCUUCAUCCUUGAUUUUAAUGUCAGUUCUACAGACCUGGACGUCUACACCUGCACAGCCAUCAAUCCUCUCGGCAGCGAAACCUCGAACGUCACACUGCUCGGCCCUCAGAUCUCAGAUUCUAGUAUUGUCCUGAGUGACAAUCGAACAGAAGUAACUUUGAAUUGGGAUGUGCCUCCUACAUCGAUCGUUACAGGCUUUGACAUCCAGAUGAAAGGCCCAGACCUCACUGGCUCCCAAUUUCGCACCAUCCAGAUGAUGCCGGGCUUCACCAGGACCACCAACAUCUCCGGACUCGAGCCAAAAUCUUCUUAUUUCUUCAGGAUCGUCCCUCAAGCGGGAGGAACCACAGGAGAACGAUCCGAGGAGCAUCGGGUUCAACCAGAUGCUGGUCUCAGAAGGGCAGUCAUUGCUGGGAUCUCUGCUGUUCCGUGCAGCAUCAUUCUGCUUCUCUUUGUCUUGGCUUUCAUCUACUGUGGAAAAUGUGACAGAAACCCCAGAUAUCCCAUAUCAAGAGCAGUGGAGAAGGUACGUACAGUGAUCUGUCAGUCUGCUGUGAAUGAUCCUCAUCAUUGUCCUCCUCCUGAGUACAGACUCCAACCGCCUGAACGCUGGACCGCUUUGCCUUACGUGAACACUCAUGUGAGAAGAGCCACCACUGUGUGAUUCAUCAUCAUCAUCAUCAUCAUUUAUGGACAUAAUGUACCCAGUAAAUUCACUGAUGGACUGAUUUUACAGCUGUGAGCCGGUGAGUUCACAGCGUCAAGAAAUGUGUCUUUUCACAACGUAAAUGCUGCCCGAUAGAGGAAAAUCACAAUCGGGUCAUAUUUUUAUGAAAGUUUGAUGCUUUAUGCAACUUGAAAACAAGCUUUCAUCAUAUACAUCAGCGUUGAAAACUUUCUCCUACCUUGAUUUACAUCAGUAAGCUUAUAGGCCUAAUAAUGAUCGAUGUGAUUUUAUGAGAACUGUCAGAAAAUGAUCAGUAGUUUUUUCCCCCCAGUGUAUAUCAGUGAUAUUUGAUCACAUUUAUUGAUUAAACAUGUUUGAUGAUUGAUCUUUUUUCCCCGGAAGAGAUCUCAGUGUCUGACAUGAUUGACUACCAUAGUUGGAACAUAAUUGAACACAAAAUGAGAUAUUUUGAAGAAUUUAGGAAAGGGCACUUUGACUACCAUUUUAAUUGUUCCUACUAAAACCUAAUACCGUCGCCUGUAGGCUAUGUCAGGUCAAAACGAGUCAACUUCAUGCUGUAGAAAAUCAUCUGUUGUGUGUUCACGACCACUAACGUGUGUGUAUUCGGUCACGGUGUGUAGCCGCGUCCGCAGUGAAUCCAAAUGUGACCCGCUCAGGCGCUCACCUUGUGCUGAAUGAAAGUGCGCGCUUCAGCAUGUUGUAUUGACAGCAGCAGUAAUGCAGCCUCUGCACAUCCACAGUUCCAGAAUGACCAAUACAACAACAAAAAGACUCGAUGGUCUUCUUUUAUCCACCCUUCCCCAUCCGAACCCUGAGCGCGCAACCGUCACGCGCCUCGGGCGCCCACAAGCGCAUUUGUUCUGUUUUAAUAGAUUUUGCCACCAUCGACAGAAAAGCAGAGAGGAUAACUUUUUGGAAUUUGGCCUAGCAGGUCCUCUUUGACGUUACGCUCGCGGCGGACUCUCACUUUCUCUCUCUCGCUCUUUCCCUCCGGGAAGGUCCACGCUUAAGCAGGUUUAUUUUCCUGAAGACCCCAGGUAAGAAUCAUCCUGACAUCUUCAGCCGAGAAGUCACCGACUGAUUCAAGUGCGAUGGCUUUCAGGAUGAAGGUGCACGGCCAUCAAAAGAUAGACUGACCUUUUGAAUUUGUAAAAAAAGUUGUGUUUCUUCAAAACUUGUUGAAGUGUAGUUUUAUGUCCAGGAUCCAAACAUCUAUGUCUGCAGUUCUUUUCAUGGUCAUUUUUUUGUUAGAAAUUGUAUUAUCAGCAUAACAUUUUAAGUUUUUAAAGAUUUUUUAAAGAAUGUCUUUGUAUUCG